UAACCAGCGCGGGACAGGAUUGGACGCAGGGCUGAUCGGUGACCUUUCUCCUCUGACAAUCACCCUGUCUCGGGCCCAUCCCCCCCUAAAGAAAACUAUGGCUGAAGAGGUUCCCGAGGUGAUUGUGGUCGGGUCUUGUAUGACAGACCUGGUCAGCCUGACCCCCCGCCUCCCCAAAGCCGGAGAGACGAUCCACGGAAGCAAGUUUUUUAUUGGUUUCGGUGGAAAAGGAGCGAAUCAAUGUAUUCAGGCGGCGCGGCUCGGAGCGAAGACCGCAAUGGUUUGUAAGGUCGGGGACGAUUCAUUCGGGAACAAUUACAUAGAGAACUUCAGACAGAAUAAUGUUUCCACAGAUUUUGUGGGUCAGACCGGAGCGGCAGCCACCGGAGCGGCUUCUAUCAUUGUGAACAGCGAAGGUCAGAACGCCAUAGUGAUCGUCGCUGGUGCCAAUUUGCUGCUGGACGCAGAGGAUUUGGGAAAGGCUUCAGCUGCUAUCAGCGGAGCCAAAGUGAUGGUCUGUCAGCUGGAGAUCUCGCCUGGGGUGUCACUGCAAGCCCUGAAGAUGGCCCGGACCUCCGGAGUUAAGACGAUUUUCAACCCAGCGCCGGCCAUUUCUGAUCUGGACCCAGAAUUCUACAGCUAUUCGGACAUCUUCUGCUGCAAUGAAAGUGAGGCUGAAAUUCUAACGGGGGUCCGGGUCGCCGGGGCUGGCGAUGCUGGGGCGGCUGGAUCGCUGUUACUGGACCGGGGCUGCCGUCUGGUGAUUGUCACGUUGGGAGGAGAGGGCUGCGUGGUCCUGUCUCGGGAUGAUCGCACCCCAAGGCACCUCCCUACUAAUAAAGUGACGGCCGUGGACACCACAGGUGCCGGGGACAGUUUCGUCGGCUCCCUGGCUUUCUACGUCGCACGUUAUCCUCACCUGAGUAUAGAAGAAAUGGUGAGAAGAUCAAACUCCAUCGCGUCGGUGAGCGUCCAGGCUGCAGGGACUCAGACAUCUUAUCCGUGCCGGAGAGACCUUCCCCAGGAUCUGUUCCGAUGAAGAAUCAUCUCCCCAAUUACUGUACGUUACGCAAAUAAACCUUGGCAGAUCA